UCGGACGCGUCACAAAGGGCCAGGUAGGCGACAUAGAAUACCCCAUGAUAAUUGGUGCUAUAGAAGUGCAGUGACUGACCAAACAUCCCUGUAUAGUCCGUCCUGAUCCAUAGCGCGUGUGGUGGAGUGGGCCUGGCAGCUAUCCAGGUGGCCCAGAUGCUGGAGGCCGAUGUGUAUGUCACUGUUGGCAGCGAAGAGAAGGUUAAGUAUUUGAUAGAGAACUACAGCAUCCCGCCAAACAGGAUCUUCCACUCUCGUGACAAGUCCUUUGUGGAUGGUGUGAUGCGAGAAACAGAAGGCCGUGGCAUGGACUUCAUUCUCAAUUCCCUCUCCGGCGAGCUCUUGCACGCGACGUGGAACUGCGUUGCUGAGUUUGGAACUCUACUGGAGAUCGGAAAACGCGAUCUGAUCGGCGAUGGUAAACUCGACAUGAAGCCAUUCCUGGCGAACCGCAACUACUGUUGUGUCGACAUCGAUGGGCUUUGGAAGAGGAUCCAUGUCGCACGAGCAUUGAUUUUCUCCAUCUUGGAAUUUUAUAACAAAGGAUACAUUUCGCCACUACCGACCAAAAUCUUUCCCGCAGCCCAGACCCAAGAUGCAUUCCGAUUUAUGGAGAAGGGUCAACACAUUGGCCGUGUCGGCGUUUCGUUCAAGCCGGCCGAAGGGGAGGCCCACCUGGGAUUGGAAACCACCAAGAGGACUUUGGCGAUUGCUUUCAACGGGUCGGCCUCUUACCUCAUGGUUGGUGGCCUGGGCGGUAUUGGUCGAGCCGUAUCCACCUGGAUGGUCGACCACGGUGCUCGUGAGCUCGUCUACCUCUCCCGUAGUGCUGGCCUCACGCCCAAAGACGAUGACUUUGUCGCCGAGCUUCACAGCAUGGGCUGUGCCGUCAAGUUGGUGAGUGGGGAUACCACGAAACUCGAGGACGUGAAGAGAGCCAUUAGUGCAGCAACCUAUCCCCUCAAAGGUAUUGUACAGAUGUCCAUGGUCGUCGCCAAUGAGAACUUUACUAGGAUGAGCUUCGAUGAAUGGAUGGCGUCGACCGCACCCAAAGUUCAGGGAACCUGGAACCUCCACAAUGCUUCCAUGGAUGCGGGGAUUGAUCUAGAUUUCUUUGUGAUGUUUAGCUCGGUCUCCGGAAUCGUUGGACAAGCUGGCCAAGCUAAUUAUGCCAGUGGAAACAGCUUCCUAGAUGCGUUCGCCCAGUAUCGUAAUGACCUGGGCCUGGCGGCGUCCGUCGUUGACAUGGGGGCUGUCGAGGACGUUGGAUGGAUUUCGGAGCACCAAGGGAUGAUGGGGAAAAUGUCCAGGAGUGGUUUCAAACCUGUCCUGGAGCAGGAGGUCAUCGACGCAAUGGCGAUAUCCAUGUUGGUCCAUAACACACCAGGUCAAGCCGUUGAUGAAGCCCUUGCGCUUGAUUCAAAGAACGCUUCUUAUUUCAUGCACAAAAAUACGUUUCUCGUUGGGCUUGCUUUGCUCAUUCCAUUGCAUGACCCCAGCAACUACGUGAUCUGGAAGAAAGACCGUCGCAUGGCCUCCUAUCACAACAAUUCUGCGGUUGCCACGACCACCGCAUCGACAGAUGUUCUGAAGUCAUACCUGAGCAAUGCCAAAGCGGAUCCUUCCAUUCUCCAGUCGCCAGAAGCCGCAAAGCUCUUUGCGGUCGAGAUCGGCAAAAGGCUCUUCGAUCUGUUGCUGAAGCCUCAUGAGGAGCCUAAUACGAGCUCGCCACUGCUCGACCUCGGUCUUGAUUCUUUGGUGGCUCUCGAAUUGCGCGCUUGGAUCAAGCAGGUGUUCUCUUUCGACCUUCCCAUGCUGGAAAUGAUGAGUAUUGGUUCUCUUGACAUUCUCGGUCAAUAUGCGGCAAACGAAGUUUAUCGAAUAGCGAUAGAAAACAACGAGAGUUAAGCCGUCGCUCGUGUAAAUUACACUCGCAAAGUGUACGUUGUGGCAUCCUGCUACUUGCUGCAGCCCAGGCUUCAGCACGCCUCGACAUAAUCUCUACCGGUGCUCUACCGGAGAGUCACGGAAGGAAUGGGAUAACGUAUUCCACACACCUAUUCAGACUUCCUCUACAUUCCUUUUCUCCUGCUCAGACUGUACAUUUUCAUUGUGAGAGAUGCCAUGUAUGUAAUUGUUUUUAAGGCUUCAUAAUACUAUUCUUCGUUCAUGAUGUGUUUAAAGGGAGUUCCUCUGCGUAGUCCAAGGGGUAGAUGGAGCCAGAAAAGACAUCUGAGUUGCAGGAAUGCUGGUCUGUCAAUGAUGUAGGAAACGAGUACCCUCGCAAGGACCAUAGUUCUAGAGCCUCAGGUCAAGACUACCCCAUA